CGACGGCAGUUCGUCCCUAGCAUCGUCCACAACUUGGCCACGCGUCGAUCUUUCCAAAAUUUCCCGGGAAACGUGACCAGUGACGUCGCGGUUACGUCACGCGGGCCAGAACAGUCGGCGCGUUCAUCGGAAUCGUUCGCGAGUCGUUCGCGAGGUGCGUGAAAAGCAAAGUCGCCGACCAUUUAACCGGCUAGUGUGUCGUUCGCGCUUCUGGCACCGUUAUACCGUCCUUGAAAAGAUACCAGCCUCGCAAGAAGCAUCGUGACGCCGCCCGAGAAGCCGCAGUACGCGCGCAAUCGUUGAGAUUCCACCGAGUUCGAUCGGAUCGAUUCGAAAUUUUCGAGGAACGUCGUCGAUCGCACGCCGAUACGUCGUUCACGAAGCCCGUCGAACCUAGCUGGACGAAAUAUAGCCGACUCUAAAGGGAUUAGGAACACCCUAAAGGUUUCUACAAGGGCUUAUCAAAAGUUAAGGGCUAGGCAGUCUUCUGGUGACUCUGCUCGUGAUCUCGGUGCAGGGCGCUCCGACGAUGACCCUCGAGAGUAGACGACUGAGCUCGCCCCCGAAGUGGGUGAAUCCCUGUGGCCUUUCCGCCGAAGACUUCACCGGUGAUCCGGACGUGGUGCAGCUGUCGGACUCUCAGCUUCUCCACCAGGUCGUCGUACAGGCGAAAACGGCGCUGAUGCACGCGGAGCUUUUUCGCGACGAUUACGCCAGGCGGAUCUUCAACAUCGACUACGCCGACUUGCAUUCAACGUUUAUAGACCAUCAUUACGAUUGGCUACCCGGGUGGAGGGAAAUUCCCAAGAAUCUCGGAGAACAGUUGAAUCAGGAAUAUUUAGACAAGUUGGAGCUCGACAAGGCCCUCAUUGACGCGUACGAAUACAUGCAAAAGUAUGCGGUGGGUUUGGAACAGAUAGUUUGGGACCAAGAGGAUCUCCAACUCGCAUUUCGCAAGCAGUUUAAGGACACAGAAUACAAACUGCGAACGGUUCUCUGCGAGCUGCAAGUGGCAUUAGUGGAGCGGCAGCUGUCGUCGCGACCGGACGUCACCCGCGACAUCAUGAACGCCGAUUUCCGAACGACGAUGUCAUCAUCCGAGACGUACCGAAACCUACGCGACUGGUUGAUCUUUCGGGACUACAUGAACGGUCUCGAGUACGUGGUGCAGGUAUUCGAGCACCUGCGCCGCGGUCUUCAGUCCUGAGGAUGGCAAGGCGGAAGCCGAAGAAGGGCUACCAGACGACGACUCGCUCAUCUUAGGAAACCGGAACAACCCAGCGUGGACGGGCAGUUUUCUUGAGAUUACCGAGGAAGCGGGUACAAUGGAAGAAGCCUAGACGUGCUCUGCCAAGCAGGUCAAUGGCUACCAUCGGUCCCGGUUCCAGUGUGUGUGUGUCUCUGCGACGAUCACCGACCUAUCUAUCGACAGAUCUACUCUCGAUAGAUAUUUCGUGUCGUCGGUUCGCAAAAGUGCGCGCGUACGUCUGCGUCAAGUUAGCUACCGUAACUUUGAAACAGGAUCGACGGGAACCGUCGACGAGCCUCGUCGAUGAUCGGCCGAUGCUCGACGAUCAGGAUUCCGCGAUACGACCGGAGAGAGAGAAAGACGGGAAGCUGAGUCGUUCGAUAAACAGCCUGUUGGCUUUCGCCGCCGAGUUCACGAUCGUGCAAAGACAUUCGUCUUGUAUACACGCUAGUUGCCGGUACGUGUUUUGUACCGCGUUGAACGCGUAACCAUAAACGUGCAAGAAGAUGGAUAUAGAAAUCGACAGAUCGCGAAAUACCAGUUCUGGACCGAUAUCCUUCUUCGAUUUGCCGAACAAAGAAGCCGUGUGCGAGCCCUCUCCCACGUUUACAACCUCCCUUGUCCGUCAUUGUUGCUACCAUCGAUAGAUUUUUACGAUUCCCGGUUUUAUUUACCCAACCUAUUGCAUUUUAUUCGACGAAACGAUAUCCUCUUUUUACGAUUUGGAUCACCUUUUUUUUUUAACGUGAAUUUUUAAACGUAUAUUUGUUCGAAGGAAGGAAAAAUCGCGAGAGCGUUCGCACACGAGAAGGGAGAAGAGAAAUGGAUUCCGAUGGGAAUCCGACUAAACGAGCUUGUGCACCGCAGCGGUAUUAUAUCCUAAGUACACAAGAAAAUACAGUAUUCGUGCUUUAAGUUAGACUAUUCGCGUCGAGCGAGAAGAAAGUAAAGAAAAAAUUCUGUGCGUAACUAUAUCGCGUGGUGACACGCGAGCAAGGAUCUUCACGACGGUAUCUUUUGUAACGUCGACGCGCUCGUCGCCAAGGAAACACGUUUCCCGACGAGCGACACGCGCCCUCCACCCCUCUUAAUCCUAUAUAAUAAUUUAUUAACUAACUGUAAUAUUAUAUUUGUAUUUAUUCAGAUUAUUUAUUUUAUUUUUGUAGAGAUUUUACAUGUCCGAUUAACUGUAUUUAAAGUGUCUAGUUGAGCUUAAAAUUACCUAGAGCGUAAGAGAGAAAUAGAAGGAUAUAUAUUUUAAUUAUUAUUAAUAUCGUUAGUAGAAUUUUUUUUUUUUUCAUAAUAUCGUAGCGGAAGAUGAAGGAAACGCAUCGACGCGGCCGACGCCAUUUUACGUUACGCGCCGCGCUGCUGCUGCUACUCUCUUCACUCGACGUACCUUUGGACUCGGCAUGAAAAUGUAAAUUCGAUAAGGAAAUAAUAGUUCAACAUCCACCCCACCCCCACCCCCCUUUACCCCACCCCCGUACUUUUUAUACGUUGCAAUUUCUUGCAAGGAGAAAUAGCGUAUCUCAACUAGUUUUAAAUCGAUUUUUAUCCGACAUUGGUUCAACUUGGGCGCUUUAGAAAAAAAUCUUUUUUCCUAUCUUUAUUAUUUCUUUUUUUCUUUUAGCACCGAAGUCGAUACUUUCCUGUUUCUUCUAGCCAUUUUAUACCCGAGACGCUGCUAUAGUAGCUCGAGCGUAUAAUUUUAUUUGCCGAGGAAAACCUUUGCUUUUCGAACUGUAAGGUUUUAUCCAUUUUACGGAAACGAUUGUUCUUUUUCUUCUUUUUUUUUUUUACCGCUACAACGUUUUUCGAAUUUUAUCCUUACUCUUAGAGAUAUUGCGCGACUAGAAGGGUGCGUCGUACGAAGCUUCGCGGCGCUAUUCGAUCGAGGGUAAUCGACUUCGCAGGUCCCUUUCGUACUUACAAUUUGCUACCGAAACUUAUAACACGAGCAUCACGUCGGCUCGUAGAAAGUAUGGUGUCGUUUUUUAUUUAAUUCUCGCGUCUAUCGGGCGGCCUAUAAGCUUAUCGUGCGCGUCGAGCGCACGCACACGUUCAUUAUACGAAACACACUUUCAUUUCCAUAUCAUCGUGUCUGUGAUAUGCAUCGUCGAAAGUCCCUCACGCGAAUAAUUAUCAUUGUUGAGAAUCGAACUGCCUGAUUCCCCUGCGAGGGAGAAGGAAAAGGGAGAUAAAAGGGGAGAGUAGGAGAGGAAGAACAUAUUCGCGCGUGUAUGUGUGUAUGAGCGAGUGUGCGCGCGUGUGUGAGAGAGAGAGGCCUAUCUGUGUGACAAUGUCGAUCUCGUAAAUCGAUCUCGAAUACGCAUUUCAUUUUAUCAUGUUAUUUUAUACAUUUUAUUUUAAUAGACAGUCUUCUGUCCUUUAAACGCACCGAUCAUUUUUUAGUAUGUUUUUUUUUUUUUUGUUUUAAAUAAGGAAGACUGCCAUUUAGUUCGAUUGUUUAAAUCAUCGUAGAAUACAGAUAUAUUUAAAAAAUUGAGUAUAUCGUUGAGAACGUGUUAGGUUUAUGCGCGGUUAGGAAGGACUUCGACAAUUCAACUAUUUCGAUCGCAAGCAGCAGCGCAGUUCGAGCGUCGAUCAGCUUAAAUAAUCCUAUCGAUAACUGAUGCGGGUUUAUUUUAUUUUUCUUUUUCGUUUUUUCCCCCCCACUGAAAGGAGUUUUCUUUGUCCAGUGAUUUCUUAAAAAAAAUUUAUUUUCGUAUGGAAUCAGCGUAAGCCGACUUUUGGCGAUCUCUCUGUCCCUUGUUAUUAGGAAUCGUAUAUCUGUGUAAAGAUACGUAGAACGUACCAGGCAUAUGACGAAUACGGCUAUUCGCGUUCUACUCGAACGGUUUCGUUCGCUUUGAAAUGCCGAACGAACGAUCCGGCGAAUCGGUAUCGUUGACCCUCCGACUAUACGAGAAAAAAAUCGACUUCAGUGACAGAGCCGGGCGCACAUUCUACGCGAUCGAUACACGCAAUGUACGGAAAAUUUUUGUGUAAAAUAAUUACUGAUUGCUUGGUAUAUGUUGUACAUAAACGAAUUUGAUGAUAUAGAAGCUGCAAAAUAUAAUUAUAUAUGUGAAUAUGUAAUAUGUACACAGGCCCCUCCCCCAAAACGUCCGCUCUGUUGUAUCAUAUUAAA